CAUUCCAAAAAUAUUCUCAUUCAUAAUGGAAAUAUUAAAAUUUGCGAUUUUGGAAUCUCAAAAUCCUUAUUGGAUCCUUCAAUUGAGGUUUCUAAAAAAUUGGGCUCAAUAAAUUACUCAGAUCCACAAUAUUUAGGGAAUAUUGAAAAUUAUAGUGAACGUGAAGCAGUAAUCAAGGGAACUCCAAGAAAAUAUGCAGAAAUAUAUACAGCAUGUUGGCAAGGAAACCCAGAUCUCCGUCCUCAUAUUCAUCAAGUUAUGCAGGAUUUGGACAAUGUAGAUAUAACUAAUACUAUAGAAGAUAUUGUUAAUUUAAUAGAUCAAACUAAUAAUGAUGAUUUAUUAUAUUCAUUAUCAGCACAAAUUGAUAGUUUAAGCAACCAUUUAAAGGAUCUGGAUAAUGUAGAUAUAACUGACAUUAUUGAGGGUGUUAAUCCAACAGAUCAAACUAAUAAUAAUGGUGAUUUAUUAUAUUAA